UUUGCAUUGUGGAGGUUAUCUUGCAACUCAAUCGCAACAAAUCACCGAUUUUUUGUAAUUAAUACUACUUUUUCAUUAAAAUUGCGAAAAUAAUCAUGGAGCUUGGAUAAGUGAGUGCCUUAUCUGAACUAAGAUCCCGAGUCUACUGCUGCUGUAUUCUGUAUAAUAGCCUGCUUUUUCCCCCGAUCUCCUUCAUGCUUGAGCGAAUCCACCCGCCUGUCGUGUUACCGUGUGUACAAUGGUUGUCAAAACGACCUGCCAAUGUCGGAUGGACACAUGGACCACCAGCGGCGCAAGAAACGCGAAUAUAGAUGCGAGGACUGCGAUAAAGUGCUGACCACAUCCGAAGGGCUCAAUAUUCACCGUAGGCUACAUACAGGAGAGAAGCCGUACGCCUGUGAAGUCUGUGGUCACGCCUUCAGUCGCAAGUGGAACUACACGUGUCACAUAAAGGGCUGUCGCAAACGUGAACUGCAGAGACACGAGGCGCAUGUUCAUGACGUUGGAUUUGACUCAUCUGCGGCUCAACGCGCCUGGAAGGAGAACUUCCUAGCUUCACAGAGAGGAUACGCUGAAGUUAACGGAGAGGCGGAGAAUAUUUCCGACUUCUCGGAUAAGAAUAAUGUAGUGAACGAGACAUCUGUCUCAGAAAAUUUAACUCAGGAAAAAGUGUUGACUGGUGAGCCAGCAAGUAAGAGACCUUAUAAUAAGGCAAAGAAAGGAUUGAAGUUGAGAACUGUUAUUCAGUCUAGUGAUAUUCCACACACGGAGGAUACCUCCUAUUCUGAGAUUGUGUCUCCCAUUCCCUCGCCACCUGCUCAAGAUGUAACCAAAGACUUGGUUUACAUACCUCAAAUCAACGCAAAGGAAACCAUUUUGAAGACUGCGGAAACUUUGCAAAAUUGUGUCAUUUCCAAUGCAUUUACCUUCACAAGGCCAGGAAUUUCACUGCCUGCCCAAUCACCGGUUAAGUGUGACUCAUUCACUGUUAGUCAGCCAGUCACGUUGUUGAAACCCACUGAAGAAAGCAAAACAAUUGAUGGUGAUAUAUCUAUUGAAACAAAACCAGUCACUUCGACAGUAUCACAAAUCAUAGUUGUCAGCAGUGGAAAGCAACUGUUUACCUAUGAAAUACCAAUUGCAAGCAAAGAUUGCACGGAAAUUAACAGUGAGGAAAAUGUGACAGCAACGAAUAAAGUAGAACCUGAUGAUAACAUUCCAAAUUUGUCAAAAGUGACCGAAGAUAAUGACUUAGAAAGGUUUGAAGAAAUAGCUGCGAAUGAAAAACUGUUUGAUAGUUGUAGCUCUGUGGGCAGUAUUUUUGAUAAAGGUGAUUUAGUUGACGAUCACUACACUGUCGAAGGUAUUGGUGCUAUUUGUGAAAGCUUGGAGUCAGUUGAUGACAGUAUUGAAGCUAUAAGUGAAAGACUUAAUGCAGUGGACGAUAAUUUUGAAGCUCUGAAUGAUGAAAACUACAGACAUAUCAAUGAUGUUGAUAACCUAACUGCUGCUAAAGAGAAACUUGUAAGUGUGGUCGGAGGGUUUGAUGAAAUAGAUGGUGAUAUUCCUAGUGCUGUAAAUGACACUGAAAAAACGCAACACAGUGACAGUGAAUUUGCAGAUUCUGUUGUGAAGAUUAAUCAUGUGUUUGUGAAUGAGAAAUUUUUAAAUGAAGAGAGCAGCAUUAAUGACCCAGUGAAUGUUCCUUCAUGUAUGACACUUAGAAACAGGGGAAACAAGUCUUUUAAGAAACUUAAUAAAAUAAGAAAGGAUAUAUUGAAUGGCAGCUUUGUCCGUGAUGCUGAAGUGAACGAAGAAGUUUUUGUUAAAGAAAAAACACCUGUUAGGACUGCAAGAUGUGAAAAUAAGGAAAUAAUUUUAAUCAAAGAACUUGUUGAAGAAAGAAGAAGAAAGAAAGAAAGGAAACUAGAAAAUACCUAUGCUGAUUGUCAGUCAGUUGAAAGUGAUUUUGACAGAUUUGUUGUUGGUUCGGAUAUUUCUGUGAAAUAUAGACAACCAAGAAAAAUAGUGCAGCAGAAAUCUGUGCCUGAUACUGGUUUUGAAUGCAAAGUAUGUGGAAAGAUUCUGACCACUCCAUAUGGAUUGACUAAUCAUUUAAUGGUACAUGAGGGACAAAAACCAUUUAUAUGCAAAGUGUGUAAUCAUGCAUUUACAAAACAGUGGAAUUUGAAAACUCAUUUGCAGAAUAGGCAUAAAAUUGAACCAACGAAGGCAGAUUUGGAACCUACGUUUCCGGUAAAAUACCCAUGUAAUGGUUCUCGGAAAAGGCGAGCUAAAAAAAUUGAAGAAGCGAGUGAAACAAAUUCUUCUAGCCAGGAAUGUGACUCAGAUGGAUUAAGCUUGUCCGAUGGUAGUGCUUAUUUAAAAAAAGCUAAAGUUGAUGAGUUUCACUUUAAGACAUUACAUGAUAAAUCAGUGAAAGAUAGUAACAGAAAUUACCAAAGUUUUGAAGUUUUCAAUAUUUCUGUGCCAGAUAAGGUCGAAAAAGAAGAGGUUGUUGUAAGUGACACAGCAAGAAGGUUUGCAAACGAGGACUUAAUUGCUCAAUAUUUGCAAGGCUCAUGUAAUGAUAUUGAAAUAGAAAAUUCUUUGAAUGGUUCUGAAGGAAAUAUUUUUGACCUUAAUGAAGACGAUUUCUUAGAAAUCAAACUGAUAGAAACAGAUGUAGAUUUGGAGACUAUGGUCAAUAAAGGUUCAGUGAUUGCACAAGAGUCUAAUGUAAAUGAUAACAUAUCUGUAAUAAACACUAUGGCAAAUGAAAAUGACUUAGCCUUUGAAAGAGGUGAAACUGAAGCUGGCGAGAGUGUUGUGAAGGUUAAUGGCAUUAUUGAGCAGAUAAAUGCCGAGCAGGAUGUUAAGCAAGUGGCAAAUCACGAUGAAGUGUCUCAAGUGCGUGCAGUUGCUGAUGAAAAUGGCUCAAGAGUUGACUUGAAUCACAUGGAGGCUGGUGGUAACAAAGCCAAUGGUGCCUCGCUCAGUGAAGCACAAGCAGGUUUAAAUGAAAAUGCUACAGAUGAAGUCACACAUGGUGUAUACAAUGUAGCAAGUGAACAAGGUAUUGAACCAAGUAAUGUAGCUGGCGAGCAAACUAAUGGAACUGUUGAACAAAGUGUUGACAAUGAGUGUGGAGAUGUCAUAACUGAUGAACACAAACCUGUUGGGGUUGAUAAUGAAGGUGACAGAGCAUUACCAGUCGCAGGUGUCAGUGCUAGUGCUUCACAGUCUGAAGGUAGUUUGAGUAACCUUGACAAGAUUAUUAACAGUGUAGCCUCAGGUGAGGCGGAGGUUACCAUGAAGGAUCGAACUCUGGCGGGUAGUCAGGAAUUCAUGUCUUCCAAUGAUCACCUCAAUGAUCUCAGUUCAUCAAGCCAACCCAACCCCUUUCAGCGCAACAGGAGCCCGGGGCAGGCCUACUACCCCGGGGCUAACCUGCCUCCCCCACCCCCAUAUCAGCCCAACCCUACCAGUCAGCCGUACCCCUACCCUGGGGCUCAGAAUCCGAACCUAGCAGGAGCACAAGGAAAGCACCAUGGUAUGCAUGAAUCUGGAAACUACCCUGGUCCACCUCUCCCCAUGCCAGGAUAUUCAAUACCAAGCCCGGGCUCAUACAGAGCACAAGCCCCUUACCCGCCUGGCAACAUGUAUCCCGGAAACCUGCCUCCCUACUCUCAUCCGCAAGCUUUCCCCCAGGGUGGUGAGAAUGCUGAAUUGGACUUGAGUGGAAAAGAUGGGAAGACUUUGUGUGAAUGUCCAGUGUGUGGGAAGAAAUUGACUAGCAAGAAUACACUGGAGACUCACAUGAGAACCCACACUGGGGAAAAACCAUUUGAAUGUUCUUUUUGUAAGAAAACAUUCGCUUUCAAGAGCAACUGUACCCGCCACAUGUUGACACAUACUCAGACCAAGCAGCAGAAGAGCCUGGGAGGUGAAGAAAUGGAGGAGAAUGUGGCAGAAGCGUACCCAGAGGGAGAAGAAGAAGUGGAACCAAUGUCAGGGAUUCCGGGGCAGAUCCAAGGCAAUGUGAACAUUCCACCAAACUCAAGCUCCACACAGAUCACAGGCCAUGCUGGCCAGAUGCAGAGUCAGUCUGCAAUGUUACCUCCUAUGCAUACUCUAUUCACAUCAGGGCCUAACAAUGUGCCUUCUCAUCAAAAUCAAAAUCAGAUUUACAGUGAGAGCCCUACGAGUGAAGUGCCUCCAAAUCUGACACCGGAAAUGAGCCCACGGCCUAACCCAGCUGCAAGCCCGUUCAGUGAAUACCCUCCAAAUCACCCUGGCUUUUACCAGAACCAACAACCCAUGUAUGACCAAUUUCACCCAGGUAUGGCGCCACAGCAGCAAUACGGCAACCCCUACCAGCAAAACCAAACAUCUAUGCAAGAUUUACCUCAAUAUGGGGUCUACCCAGGCCAGGGUUACAUGCCUGGGGAUCCCAACCAUAUGCAAGGGCAUCCACAACAAGGACAAGCACCCAGCUUGUCAGCCCAAUCACCUUUAUCCGAAUACAACACUGACGCGGUCCUGAAGCAUAAGAAGUCUAAGGAGUUUCAGGGGGAGAGAAAACACCCUACCAAGUAUUGCGAUAUCUGCAAGAAGUCUUUUUCUGCCAGCUACUAUACCAACCAUAUGAAGAUGCAUAAAGGCACAAGUCCCCAUGUAUGCAAUGUGUGUAACCAAGUCUUCUCGCAGAAGUUCAGCCUAACUCGACACAUUGAGAACAUUCACAAGAGCAAGAAUGGAGAGGGACAACAGAAACCGGCAUCAAUACCAAGCACCCCUACUGAAGGGUACACAUCCAACCCUCUUGGUACAGCCCCUGUCCCAGGAGCAUUGGAUCCUAACCAGCAUGGCGAUAGAGCAAUGCCUCAGGUACAAGGCAAUGCAGAAAUUAAAGAGCAUCAGGAGUUUACCUCACCUGGGCCUUCCCACACCCCUGGUGCUGAAGGGAACUCUAGGGUCACUAAUCCUUCACAUUCGAAACAAGGUGGCGCUCCAAGCACUGUGUCAGGCCAGGGUGAUUCUGGAAACACUGACGUGAAUCAUGCAGUCCAUUUGGCCUACCAGAAAUUUCUACAACACAACGGUGACUGGUCAGCUUUAACCCCUGAUGAGCAUAAUGAGCUACGACAGUAUAUGGAAAAGAUUGCAAGUGCUCAUAGCCAGCAGGCUGCUUUAGUUGGCAGAUCACAAAACUCUGCAUCAGUCCCAGCAUCCCACAGCUCACAUCCACAGUCUGGUCCGCCGUCUCAGGGCCACCCAGCCAAUCAACCUCCUUCUGAUCACCCAAAAGCCCUGCAGCGCCCAGGGUUUAGCCAGCAAAUGUCAAUAGAAGAGACUGAACCAGUUGAAAGCUUAUACCCAGGGGAGAAGGGCAAAGCUGUUCAUGUUUGCAACAUAUGUAACAAGACCUACUCGUCGUCAGCGACUCUAAAGGCUCAUCACAGACUGCACACCGGUGAGAAACCUUUUGUCUGUCAGUUUUGCAACAAGUCCUUUACCUUCAAGGGUAACAUGAAACAGCACAUUGUAAAGCACCACAAGGAAGCUGCCGAGGCUGGAGGCAUGUCAUUGAACCUAUCAGAAACUUCAAAUGACGGUGUCCCUACUGGUUUGAAAACACCAAAGAAAGAAAAGAAGUCACCAAUAACUGCUAGUCCAAAAAUGGCUUUUGGCCAGGGAGGAAGCAUCAAUCCCUAUGAACUACCAUCUCAGGCAUACAAAGGAUACACAAACCAACCUCUGCCAACCAUGUUUCCCAUAAAGUCUGAGCCACCAGAAUUUGCUAGUAUGGCUAGUAUGAAGCCUUCCAUGUAUAACUACCAAAGUGCCUCUCCACACAGCAGCAUGUCGGGCACUCCGCCCAGGUUAUACCCCACCCCACCACCACAGGCUUACAGUGGCAGCCCUGUGAAAACAAUACCAGGGUAUGGCCCACUCAACCAUGGUCCAGGAUUCUAUGCUGGCUUCCAAGAAAAGCCUCCUAUGCCACAGGGCUUUCCCCAUGCUUUAAACCCUCUGCAUAUGCCAGGCCAGUCACCUGUGGUCAAGUCUGAGUUUCCUCCCACUGUUUCGAGCCAUGGUGAGCUUCAUCAUGAUUCUGAGGGUCUACCAGCAAACAUUGCCAACGAUCUGCUAGGUAUGCAACAAGAAGGACUGGGAGUUGCAGAUUGGGCGGGAGAAUCAUUUCCAGGACCGACUGCUUUCUCUGGCGACAAAGCUGUUGUGGAGCAAGAUUCCAGUCUAGGUGCAUUAGAGAGCAGCGUUACUCCGUUCAAUGCCUCUGAGCCAUUACCAGCAACAAGCACACCACAUGCAUACCUUCCUCACCUGGGCAGCAUGGCUUCCAACCAGCAGACAUCAGAUAAGCCUACAACAACUCUUGCAGGAUCUACUGCAGCCCAACUAACAACAUCUGCUUCUCUGCCUGGAAUUGGUGCAAUGGUCAGUGGCUUGGUCCCUAAUGAUCAGCUGCAAGCCUCUGAAGUAAAUGUUGGCCAAUCAGGACGCAGUAACCAAUUGAUGCCAGGUAUCAAUACACUUACAAGUCCAAACAGCCAGUCACAGCUUUCUGACCAAUCAAGUCAGCCUCCAUGUCAGUUGGAACUUGAGGAAGCUAAUUCCUCCGGAGCUUUUGCUCUGUCCUCACCUCCAAGCAAUUGCUCAGCCAACAGUGGUCUACUGUCACCUCAGACCCCUUCAAGCUCAAAAGGCUCAAAUCCACUCACAUCCCCAAAGAACACUAAAGUCACGGUGUGUCCCAUCUGUAACAAGGAACUUGCCUACUCCAGUUCCCUCGCCACUCAUAUGCGAGUCCACACAGGAGAGAAGCCUUUUGAAUGUGCCCUGUGUAAGAAAUCAUUUGCUCAGAGAAGUAACUUGAACACACACACAAAAUCAUGCAGAAAGAAGUAUGAGAAAGAAGAUCCAGCAGCUCUUGCUGCUGCUGGGUUAUCAGGAAGCCAGGACAGUCUACCACAGACACCUGAUCAAACAGAAUUACCAGGUUUUCCACAAAUGCAUGGCUUAUCAGACAGUAAUCAGUCGGGCCCAAUGCCAACUCAAUCCAGCGCAAGCACUGAAGUGUCUUCCAACUAUGAGAUGGCGAUGGAUCUUUCCCAGCAUCGUCCUGGAAGCAUGUAUCCGUCUGGGCAGGGUUUUCCAGGCUAUGAACAGAUGACUGACCCUGGUAUACAUCAGGGCAUGCCCGUGGACUACAGCAGAUACCCUAACCCCAUCUUCCAGCAGCCGCCUGCCAGUCAUGGAGGCAUUAUGGACCCAUCCCUGCAACAGCCUUACCAGGGACCUUACCCAUUACAAGCUUACAGCUCAAGUGAAGUUUCGCCAGCGUUAAAUUCACCACAACCUCUCCCAUCAAUCCCAUCUAGCCUGCCUUCAACGACCUCAACUAGUUCAGGAAACAUUCUGCCAAACUUCUUCAGUGUGUUUUCUAACAGAAGUGAUCCUUCCAGCCUUCAACUCUCUGAAGACCCCUUGUUUGACACAAAGCCUCAGGACAUGUCCACACAGCCAGCUGCCCCUAUUGUGUCAAAAAUGAAAGAAGAACCCAAGUCAGCACUUGCUAAUGAGCACACCAUUCCUGUUAUGGGUCACAUUAAUGAAGCGAGUACGAUCUCCAUGCAUCCAGCCCCUCCAAGGGAACCCUCUCCAGAUCCGUCACCAUCCAAGCCUAAACUUGACCCUACAAAGAAACGAUCAUCGUCAAGGACCAUGUCAGAAGAGGAAAAGGUUGCUCAGCGGACUUGCCCGGAAUGCAAAAAGGUAUUGUCCUGCCUGGCGGGGUUACGGCAUCAUAUGAGGAUACACACUGGUGAAAAGCCGUAUCGAUGUGGCCUGUGCAACAAGAGGUUCUCUCAGAAGUGUAACACCCACACCCAUAUCAAAUCUUGCUUCAAACAGCGUCAGGUGAAAGGCAUUAUUCCUGAACACCUUACGGGGAAGCCAGAGCCAGAGCUGUAUGCUGUGUUGACUAUAGAGGAGGCGGAUCCAAACUUUAAUCCAAAAGAAUUUAAGAUAAAGUAUGGGAUGGAGGUAACAGAUCAGCAGUAUGAAGGAAAGGAGGGAGAUGGAGAUUCGGCAUCGGGAGUCGAUAUUGUCAGUCGGAGUUCGUCGGGGAAAAGUGGGGGUAAGAGUAAUACCGAGUUGGUCAAGGAGGCCCUGCUGGGGAUCAUUGAUGAGAGGAAAGAGGCCCAAGAUGGUGAAGUAGGAAAUAAUCAGUCGAGGUCGAUGUCUCCAGAUUUAAGUGAUAAAAAAGAUGAUGUGGAUGGAGAGACGCCGGAGAAAUUGAAAAAAUUAAAGAAAGUUUACAAAAAGUAUGGAAUUGAUGGAGGAUAUAAGGCGAGAAAAUGCUCCGAAUGUGACACAGAAAUUACUGGUACCCCAAGUUCUAUGCUUAAUCAUAUCAGAACGCAUACAAAGGAGAAACCAUACCUUUGUAAUUACUGCUGCAGGCCGUUUUCUAUGAAAUUCUCACUUAACCGGCACAUUCUUGCAAUUCAUGGGGAAAAUAGGCAUGAAAGAAAAGGUGUUGAUGAUUCUGAGAAAAAUGGGAAAAGAAAGAUGAGUUUGACUGACGAAUCCAGUCAAGAUACCAUACCAGAUGCAAAGUAUACAAAGUUCAGUGAAGAUAUUGUUAAAGUGGAAAAAGAAGAGGAUAUGAAUGACUUAGAUAAAAGUAAAAUAAACUCAUCAAUGGAUGAAAGUAAAAGUUUAGAAAGUGCUGUUCAGAGUGUUAUAGAGAAUGUAAAAGCUGAAAUAAAUUCCGAAAAAAGUGAUCUCAGUAAAGAUAAAGAUGCAAAUGACAAAAACAUGAGUAUAGGUGGUGAGAAUGAUGAUGAUGAUAAGGUAGGUGUUGGGGAUAAAAGCAGUGGUGGUAAAAACAAGAAAAAUAUGGUAAUUGUUGAUGAAGCCCAAGUGGCUGCAAUGGACAUAGUUAAACGUGGAUUAAAACAUUGUGAAUUCUGUAAACGUGAUUUUGCCCGUCCACAGUUACUCUUAACACAUAUGCGUCAGCAUACUGGUGCAGAGAAGCCAUUUAAGUGUGUAAUGUGUAGUAAGACAUUUGCGUACAAGGCGAGCUUGAAAAAUCAUUUUGAGAAGCACAAGGCAGAGAUGUACCGGUGUACAGUGUGCGAGGAGCUUUACACGACAGAAACAGAGCUUGCUGAGCACUCUGUCAGCCAUUCAUGGGAGGAUUGUCCUGAUCUUGACGCAUUGUAGCAUACAUAACUUACAUCUAGGGGGUUUGACGCAAUAUGUUAAGCCUUUAUAUUUCAUGUACUUAUUAGAGCUUUUUUAUUUUGAUUUUUGUAAUUGUACUUCUUUUAUUUGUUGCUUUUCUUGAUUGAUAACUUUUUGAUUGAAUGAAAUUUGCAUUGCUUUCAAACUGUUGAUUUUGAUUAAGAAUUUUUUGAUUGAAUGAAAUAAGAAAUGAAUUCAAAGUGUUGAAAUUUGUUAGAUUUAUUUUUCUUCAAUAUUGAUUCAAUUGCCAAACUGUCUUCCCUUACGUUUUUAUACCGAUGUUUAAAAUGUCAGUGUCAUUAUUACAUAUAAAGGUUUAAUUAUUCAUUACAAUACUAUUAUUUUAAAGUAGCGACAGUAUGAUAGAUGGAAUCCUAGUUUUAAUACCAAUCCAAUAAUCAUUGUCAUCACUAAAUAUUGUGCAGUGAUGCUAUACAUGGAAAGUAAACAGAUUUAUUAAAAGAAAAUGAAUGUAAUGGAAAACACCUAUAUUUUGAAAUUAUGGAUUUUAGCUCUGAUUUUGUUUUUUGAUGAAGAUUUUUAUGCAGUGGUGAAAUAUCUUAAGAUGGACUUGUAACUGUACAUGGAGGAUGUAAGAUACAUUGAAUUAGUUUAAUUUUAGAAGGUUCAUUUUAAGUAUGGGUCAAUAUUAAGUACCGUACAUGUGAUUUUGUGCAUGAUUUAAAUGUUUAGGAGUAAAAAUACACACAAAUUGGUCAAUGGUCAGUGUGAAUUUGGCUUGUAGCUCAAGUAUGCAGUUUUAUGGUACCAGUAAACAUUUUAGCUGUUUUUUAACAACUAUAUGUAGUAAGGUUUUUGUGUUGCUGAAAUAUUAAUUUACUUAAUUAAUUUGGAGAGGCGUUGUAAACAUGUUUAUGACACAAUGAUACAAAUGGUAUUUAGGGCAUUUUUUUCCAACUAACAUAUUUGUAGAAAUGUAGCUGAAAUAGAUAAGUACUACAGUACAGGGGGUACAUGAAUGUUAUUUUUAGUUUUAAAACUUGUAAUAUAAAUCUUAACUUGCAUAAUAACAGUGGAUACUUUAUAUUGGGUAUCCGAUACAUUAAGAUAGGGCCAAGUCAUGAAAUAAACCCAAUUUUACUGUACGAUACACUAGGAAAGAUAAUAUACUAGGAAAUAUAAGGUAAUAUGCUAGUUAAGAUAAAACGCUGGGACAGAUAAGAUAAUAUUCUAGGAAAUAUAAGAUAUUAAGCUAGGACAGAUAAGAUAAUAUUCUAGGACAGAUAAGAUAAAAAGCUAGGACAGAUAAGAUAA